GCAACCUGUGCCCAUGAGCUUUUCGGGAUCCGAUUGAUCGUUUAUAUUUUGGAAGUGUUUGUUGAAAAAAAGUUGAGGACGAUGUCACUAAGCGCCAGUGCUGAAAAUCUGUCAUCAGAAGGACAACAAAAUGGUGGCGGAAAUGAUAGCAAUAUGUGCCUGGAGUUGGCACUCGAGGGUGAGCGACUUUGCAAAGCCGGAGAUUGCAAAUCCGGAGUGGCUUUUUUUCAAGCUGCUAUUCAAGCCGGCACAGAUGAUUUGAGGACUUUAAGUGCCAUCUACAGCCAAUUAGGCAAUGCCUACUUUUACCUUGGCGACUAUGUAAAAGCCAUGAAUUAUCACAAACUUGAUUUAACCCUCGCGAGGUCCAUGGGUGACAAACUUGGGGAAGCGAAAUCAAGUGGUAAUCUCGGAAAUACGUUAAAAGUUAUGGGAAAAUUUGAUGAAGCAAUGAUCUGCUGCAAAAGGCAUUUAACAAUCUCCAAGGAAAUGGGAGACAAAAUGAGCGAAGGAAGAGCUUUGUACAAUCUAGGCAAUGUUUACCACGCGAAAGGAAAACAGGGUAGAAUAGGUUAUCAAAAUCCUGGUGAAUUCUCAGAAGAAGUUAGGGAAUGUUUGCAACAGGCAGUAUUUUAUUAUGAAGAAAAUUUGAAACUGAUGAGAGAAUUUAGUGACUCUGCUGCCCAAGGUAGAGCUUGUGGAAAUUUGGGAAACACCUUCUAUUUACUUGGUGAUUUUCAACAGGCAAUUUAUUACCACAACGAAAGGCUAAAAAUUGCACGAGAGUUUGGCGAUAAGGCAGCGGAGAGGAGAGCCAAUAGUAAUUUGGGAAACUGUCAUAUAUUUUUAGGAGAAUUUGAGAAAGCUGCUCAGCAUUACAAGCGAACUUUAGUUUUGGCUAAAGAAUUAGGAGAUCGUGCAGUUGAAGCUCAGGCCUGUGAUUCGCUUGGAAAUACUUACACAUUGCUACGAGAUUAUCCAACGGCUGUGGAGUAUCAUCUUCGGCAUCUCGAAAUUGCUCAACAAUUAAAGGACAAAGUCGGCGAAGGUCGGGCCUGCUGGUCUCUCGGAAAUGCGUAUUCUGCCAUGGGAAAUCACGAAAAAGCACUGCACUUCGCGAAAUUGCAUUAUAACCUUUCGAAAGAAUUGGGAGAUGAAAUGGGUCAAGCCACAGCCCAAAUGAAUGUUGAAGACCUCCAAAAAAUUCUAGGGAUUGAUAAGAUCAUUCCGAAAGAUGAGAAAGGAAACAAAACCCAAAGUAUUAAAACGGCAGCUUCCAAUAUUGCUGCUUCAUCUCCUGGAAGAUAUAGACUUCGUAGGGAGAGUAUGGACAAUCUUAAUCUUAUCAAGCUGACGCCGGAGGGAAAGAAGAAGGAAUCAAAUGAAAAUCCUCCUCCAGCAAGAGCUGGAAUCGCGCCCCAACCGUCGCAAGAGGAAGACGAGAACAACUUUUUCGAACUUUUAUCACGCUUCCAAUCCGGCAGAAUGGAUGAUCAACGUUGUGCUCUUCGUACAAACAUAAAGCCAAAAAUUGUUGCCACACAAGAGAAUGAGAAAGACGAGGAUGAUUUGCUCGAAUUAAUUGCUGGAAUGCAAAGCAAGAGAAUGGAUGAGCAGCGAGUUGUGCUUCCCUUUUUACCAGGCCUAAACGCCAAUAGUGCCAAUCAACCAACAAUGCAAUCUACCCAAGAUACUGACGACUCCUUCAUUGAAAUGCUUGUACGCUGUCAGCAAGGUGCAAGAUUAGAUGAUCAACGCAGUUUGUUGCCACUGUCUUCGAAUUUGCAAGAUGCUGAAGAGCCAGAGAACCGAAAACCCAAGGAUAAUGCUCAAGCAGGUGCCACAGUUCCCGAAGAGGACCUUUUUGCUCUAAUACAGAGGCUCCAAGCUGGACGAAUGGAGGAUCAACGUGCUUCCGGUCCCGCAAAAACAUAGUAACUCACAUACUUCCGCCAUUACAAAUACAAAUAUCUAAAAAUUAUUAUCUGCAAUAAGAGGUUAGAAGUCUUGAUUCAGUAAUAUAAUUUGCCCGGACAAAAUUAUUCUUGGUAAAUAUUUACUAGCCGAGUUUUAUUUGGCGCGACGCGAGUGCAGAUUUGUCCGAUUCCACGCACACUAUGGAUCAUAUAUUAUUAUGUAUAUUAAAUAUUAAGAGUCGAUUUUUUUAUAAGAAUUUAACUGUUAGCAAAGAUGUAACGUAAUUCCAAGAAAAUAGAUAUACUUCUCUUGUCUUCAGAGUUAGAGGAAAUAUAUUAUUUUGUCCAGUUAUAAAA